GCAACCAGUCCUGCAGCGGCGCGAGCUGUCGCCAAGUGUUUCUCGUGCCAUUCAAUUGGCCGUUCGCGCGCUGGCGCAAUCACUACAGUACCGCUUGCUAAGGAGCCUAGCUUAUAAUUUUGGGACGUUUGAUAAACAACUCGGCCCGCUCUCGUUGGGGUCCCGCGGAGUUGCCCCUCCACCACUCACGGUCGUCGCCCGCAUGGCGCCUCGCAAGAAGAACGUGAAGGAGGACGAGGCGGAGGCAGAGCCGGCAGAGGCGGCCGUGGAGCCGCGUGCAAAGCGCACGCGUCGUGGGGCAGACGCCGAUGCAGCGGCCGCAAAUGACAACAAGCCUGGGCAUGCCGAUGUAAAAGGCAAGGGCAAAGGCAAGGCCGCCAGCAAGGCAGCUCCCAAGGCGGCUGCGGCAGCGGAUGCCGAUGAAGAGCCAGCCGCGGCCACGGCCGCAGCUGCCAAAGCGCCUGGCAAAGGCAAGUCCAAAGCGGCUGCGGCAGACGGUGGUGCCACCAGGUCAGCUGCAGCGGGGCCGAAGGCCGAGGCCGCAGCAGCAGGCGCCGGCGGUGACGGCAGCAGUGGCGGGGGCAAGAAGUACUACCUGAUGAAGAGCGAGCCGGAAGAGUUCUCUUUGGAUGACCUGGAGGCCAAGCCCGAGUCAAUUGGCCACUGGGAGGGCGUGCGCAACGCCCAGGCCCGCAACAUCAUGAGGGGCAUGCGGCUGGGGGACGAGGCGCUCUUCUACCACAGCUCCUGUAAGGUGCCGGCCGCCGUGGGGGUGGUGCGGGUGGUGCGGGAGGCGUACCCCGACCACUUCGCAUUCGACAAGAAGUCCAAAUACUACGACGAGCGCAGCACACCCGACAACCCCAAGUGGUGGAUGGUGGAUGUGCAGCUGGUGCGGCGCCUGGCGCGGCCGGUGACACUGGCGGAGCUGCGGGCAGAGGGCGCCAAGGCCGGCUCACCCGUGGCGAGCAUGGUGCUGAUCAACAAGUCGCGCCUGAGUGUGCAGCCUGUGACUGAGGAGCAGUGGAACGUGGUGAUGCAGCUGGAGAAGCAGGACAAAGCCGACGCAUGACAUUUAGGGUGCUGGCUGCGAGGAUAGCGGUGGUGCAUGCACAGCGGUGUAUGCACAAGGGAUGACAGGAAGCUUGGAGGGAGACGGAGUGAGGGCGGGCGUGGGCGGGGGUACCGUGAUUUAGGGGUUGAUUGGGAGCAGGCGGUUUGGAAUCACUCAUUUAUCAGCC